AUGGCGACGGGUGGGGACAUUGCGGUAAAUGAGGACAUAGCUCCUAAGCAUUGCCAUUGCUCUCCAGUUGAUAGAAAGGCCAACCUGUAAAAUAACAAGGGGAAGAGCAAAGUUGCCAUGGGCAUUGGGUGGGGGAAUUUAAAUGAAAUCAUGGUGGAUAGAUAAAUCACUGUGGACCCUGCAGGUCCCCCAUGUGAGUUGAGGCUAGUAAAUAAAAAAAAUAAAAAAAUAAAAAAAAUGGGGAAUAUCCUAAUGUCCCCACCAAUAGAAGGCAGAUUCUAAUUAUAAUUUUCAAGGGGGUGUGUUGUAUCCCCACAGUUCCCAUCCAUGGACUGUGGGUAAUUGCUCUAUUUAUAUAAUAUAAGGGCAGGGGACCUAUGGGUGAGGGCUCUUAUUGUCACGAUUCGGGGAACCUAACACGCUGACACACACACACACACACAGAAAAGGUGCCGUACCGGACCUUAGAGUGGCCGGGCUAAGCACGCUAAGAAUAGUCAGGAGACAAGCCAGGUAAAGGGAGCCAGAAAACGGGAGAACGAGAAACAAGCCGAGGUCAAAGGAGUGGAGAAGACAGGAUAAUCGGAAUAACGAGCCAAAUAAUCAGUAACCAGAGAGCAAGACGAGAACACUACGCUACAUGAUCACAAGACCACAACAGGGCACUGAGGGACAGGAAAGGUAAGUAUAAAUACCCUAGGUUUAAUUCUGAUUGGAUAACUUCCAAUCAGAAUUAACAAUCACACGUGGGGGAUAUCUAUACCCCCCACUGUGAUUGUGGUACUGUUUCUUUAACGCCGGGUCACUCACGUGACCCCGGCGUUUACUUAACUCCUGGACCUCCCAGCGUGCAGCGUUAUACAUGCUGCCGCUGGGGGGCGUGGAGGACGCUGGCUGCUCGCCGACAGGUAAGCAGAGAGGAGACCGCGGGCGGCGAUGGACUGAGGGUGAGUGCUGCAAGUGGCGUGCUGCCUCCCCUCCUCGCCGCCCGCGGCUCCAUGACACUUAUAUUUAUAUUAUAUUUAUACAAUGGCAUUGUCUACUCGCCCACCAAAUAUCUGCAAAUGCCUCCUCCCCUAGGUGGCUAGGAUUUCCCAAUCCCUUAGACACCCCUCAUUAAAAUAAAUUAGGCCUACCUACCCACCGCACCCUAAUUAUAGUGGGGGACAUUAAACUAAUUCCUGCAAAUUAAACAUAUAUAUAUAUAUAUAUCCCAUCAGAAGUCUUCAAAAGUCUUCGUUUUUGUAAAACCUUUUUCUUCAGCCCUAAAAAAGGCCAAAUUAAAAUCCAUAAUACCACAACACAACUAUUGAAAAUAUAAAAAAACACCAGAUUUGCAAAAAAAAAAAAAAACUGAUGAAAAAAUAUAAAAAAUGCAACACAAUCAACAUAGAUCCCUCUUCGGUUUGCAGGGGCUUCAUUCAGAAUGAGCUUAAAGGCGGAAAAAACAUUUAUAAAGGCUUUCCCACAUUUUAAAUUCUAAUUAGAGUGCUCUGAUUUGCAAGCCAACCAAUCAGAGCAUUCUGCAGCCAUCCCUUUGAUCUCAUGGCUUUUUGAAUAAAUUUGCUAACUUUUUUUUGCAUUGUCAAUAUGGGGUACUGAGUGAAUUUUGGUUUAAAAAAACAUCUGCAGGAUGAGGCUGCAAAACAUGUAAAAAAAUGAAGGGUCUGAAUACUUUCUGAAUGACCUGUACAUCAUUAUUUAUAUCCAGUGAAUGAUUGGAAGAUGUCCUCACUAAUAGCAGAUGAGAGAAAGGUAGCCAAUAACAGGCUGACACCACACAGAGAAACUGAUGUUAAAAAGGUUGUGCUGUGAAGGUUGUACUGCAUCAGUUUCUUUAUGAAUCUUGAUAUGUUUUGUUGUAAGGGAAGGACCUUUAGUAUUAGUAGUUCUCAGAUCCACCAAAUGAUCUAACCAGCAAUCAAUAUUAAAGCAAUACAUGUAUAACUAAAUAUAAUAUAUAUAUAUAUAUAUAUAUAUAUAUUGUUUUUGUCACCCCUUCUGGGUAGUAUAUUCCUCAUUCUCGAGUCCUCUACCAGAGGCCUGGGAAACUGAGGGUUCUUCACAGUAUACUAGCUGUUCCUAGAACUGUAUUCUUCUAGGUAGCGGUCAAUGAUGGAAAAUCUCAGAGACACUGAAAAACAUAUUUAAUUUAAGGUACUGGGGGCAUAUAUACACUGAGUGGUUAAAGCAAACAGGGGAAUUUUGAUAGAGACCAGGUUUAGGUGCAGGGUUUCCCUGCUAGAGGUCAUGGUACCUAGUCUAUGUACGGGACACCAGUACAGCUUCCAAAGUCACAAACUUUUUUUUCCAGGCAAAUAGUUACUUUUGCCUGCUUACAUCUAUCUUUACAAACAUGAGCAUCAUUGGCAAAUAAUUUUACUGUGUGCUCUGUAUUUAGUUUUUUAUUUAGUAUGUUCUCUUUACUGCUUUACAGUGGAAAAGCUUCAGAUACCCUGAUAUACCCUAUUGUAUAUAAAAAGCAGAUCAAAUGACAGGUCCUAACUGUGUAUAUCAUUGUGUGUUUUUGUUAUUUUUCUCUUUCUCUCUAUUUCUUCUCUCCUGUGUAGGGGCCAUGCUACUGUGAAACCAAGGGUGCCUGGUGUUAUUGUUAUUUAAAUGUUUCUAAGUGGGGACCUGCGAGUUCUGUAUUGUUUUUAUUUAUGUUCAGGAAUUGGGUCCUGCGAACCCACAAAUCCCAAUAAUCAUUGGGAUCUGCAUAUACCAUGUGCACUUGUCUUCUCAGACAUAAAAAACAAAGACUAAUAUGUAUUAUAUAAAAUGGUGCUUAGCUCUUAGGACACAGUAUUGCUCUACUUUGAAUAUGACUUCUAAUCACCAGUACAAAAUUUGUUUCAAACAUGUGAUAGCCAAUUGGCACGGGGUCCGAAGAACGGGGAGGGGAUGGGUAUAUGUAGGCCUAUUAUCACCUGCUGUCUGAGAGCCACUAAGACAAUUUCUAUAACCUGCAAUUGUCUAAUACAUUUGUAUCUUUAUGUUCCAAAACUGUCUUGAGCUACGUUGAUGAGUAGUACAGUUGUUUGUGAAGUGCUGACAUGAUUACCAAUUGUAAUUCACCACUUCACAGGGACCUGCGAGUCUUGUAAUAAUCUGCUAUAUAUGCCGGUUUUGGGUUCUGCAAGACCAGUUGCAAUGAUCACAUUUAGGGACCUGCAUGUCCACUCAAGUUUAAGAUUGAAAAUGUCUUCAAAAUGAAAAUGAAAAAUUAUAUUUACUAAAAACAAAAAAAGCAGAUCAUACAAAUGGAACAUGUACAGGUAUUAAGAGAUAUAUCCUUCACCUGCAUUGAUAUAGCAGUUCUGGUUCCAAGUUAGAAAGGGGGAUAUUUGUCAAAGUUCUAGUCUACAAAGUGGUUCAAAAAUGCAAAAGGGGAGAAUUACUAAUGAAAUGUACCUGCUUGCUCCUCUUGUUUUCAUGGUGAUUGCUCUACAUUUAGUACUUUAGACCACUUUUUAGAACAGAUCACUUUGAUAAAUAUCCCCCAUAGUUUCAUAUAAUACAGUAACGUUUUCCUACCAAAACCUAAUUCAUUCUAGUAUUCUAGCAUUAAUGGUAAUAUUACAAAUUAAUAUAAUGUAUAGACAAACCAAAACUCUCACAUUUCUUUUCCAGUUGAAAACGACAGAGAUAUAUUCCAACAGAAACCAUACUGGAAGGAGUUUAAGUUUGACAUGACUCAAGUACCCACCGGAGAAUCAGUGGCUGCAGCAGAAUUUAGACUUUUCAAAACCCACAGCUUUUCUCGGCAUUUUAAUAGGACACUUCACAUUAGUGUCUACCAAAUCACAAGAGAACAUUCCCACAGGUUGUUGUUUUUUUUUCCUUUUUCUUUUUAAUAACCCUGUGAAAUUUGCAGUAACAUAUUAGUUUAGAGUCUACAUUGAGGUAUCUGCCCUUUUUCUUUUUAGGGAACCUGGGUUAACCCUUUUGGACCAAGAAGGUAUUUUGGCAGGAGAUGAAGGGUGGUUGGUUUUUGAUGUCACAGCUGCCAGUAAUCACUGGUUACGGAACUCCAGAUAUAAUUUAGGAAUCCGUCUGUAUGUAGAGACUGAUGAUGGUAAGGUGAAGAAACAUUAAGUGGCAGUUUUAUGUUCUUUUCUUUGGUUGUCUUUCAUUAUGCAUCCACAAAUAAACAAGGGAACAUGAUGUCAUUGUAAAACCAAGUGUGUUAUAUUUAUGUAGGUUUUGGUCAAAUAAACAUGAAAACCACUUACAAAUGUAAUUUAUCAUACUGAAAAUCAUGUGCAUCACAAUUAUGUUAAAACAUUAUAAACUGGUCAUAACAAAUACUCAGGAUACAUUUGUAUAACAAUAAGACAAUCAUUUGAUAUACCAAACUGGAAGAUCUGACAAAGCUCUCAGCAAGUCUCUGGUGAUGGGACUGUUUGUAGAUCCUACCAGUAGCAGAAGUCACUAUUUAGAAUGGCACUAUGAAUGUCUAACAAUGUGCAUGUUGGUUCAUGUAACAGGUCAGAGCAUUGAUCCAAGCUCAGCUGGCAUCUUAGGGAGACGUGCACCUCGUUCCAAGCAACCAUUCAUGGUCACAUUUUUCCGAGCCGGUAGUAAUCAGAUCCGAUCUACACGGGCAGUCAAACAGCUCAAAAAAAGGCAACAGAAAAAACAUAGUGAUCUGCCCCACCCCAACAAGCUUCCUGGUAUUUUUGGUAAGUACUGUGAACAUGAUUACCAUAGCUGCUCUGGGUACUAGCAACACAUUGCUGACCAUUUUAUUAAUCCCGAAUUGGCAGCAAUAAUUCAGCCUAUGGCAAUUGGAUACAUUUUAGAACGAAUCUGGAUGAAAUUUAGAAAACAAUGAAACAUCAAAUUGACCUGAAUUAUACCAAAUAGACGCUGAAUUACUCAUCGAUGAAGAGUGUUUUUUGUUCCGUGGCAGGUCAAGAAUUUUUGAAGCAAAAUAAAUGCAUUUACAAAAUUGAGCCACCAUUAAUAAGGAGAUAACCAAGACUAUUCUCUUUCUCCUUGGUCUUUCCCAAAAUCAGAAUAAUUAAAGGAACAUGAAUUUUAAAAAGAAGCUUUAAGUGUAUGUAUUUAAUUUGUAAUAACAUUUACCCUUGCAUUCUUCCUUUGCUACUAAUACACAUAUCCACUACUGCUCCCUGUACUGGUUAUGGUGCCAAGAGUACCCUAGUGCCCCCCUUUCCCUUUUGUAAGUAGUCAAACCACUUUCAGAUGGUUUGACUUCUUUCUUGGGGGCCACUGGGUGGCACUCCCUGCUUCCACUAUUAAUGCUGGAUGUUCCUGAGCAAGGACUUACAUUAAUUUUGCUCAUGAGAGCUAACUGAAGUUCCUGCUUAUAAACUUCCGUCUCUCUCUGGCAUUAGUAGUGGAGGCAGAGAGCUGUACCAGGUGGACCCAGGUAAGAAAUAAAACCAGUUGGGAGGCUAUAGUGGUUUUAGUACUUGGAGUGUUCCUUCUAAUUAUUUACUAAAAAUACCUUGUUAAAUGUUCUUGGGGUGUUUAUCAUUUUCAGAUCACGUUCAUGUCAAUGAUGGAAGACAGGUGUGCAAAAGGCAUGAGUUGUACGUCAGCUUUCGGGACUUGGGAUGGCUGGUAAAACCCCUAUUUCAUAAAGUAAUUAAUUACCAUAUAAAUAACUCAUGGGUAUGCUAUGUACUAAUCACUUUGCAUUAUAUUUUGUGUUUCUAGGACUGGGUAAUAGCGCCCCCAGGGUACUCUGCUUUUUACUGCGAAGGAGAAUGCUUAUUUCCACUUGACUCCUGUAUGAAUGCCACUAAUCAUGCCAUACUGCAGUCACUGGUGAGACAUUAGGAUUGAAAAAUAUUGAUGAUUUUUAUUAAUGAUCUAUUAAUUAUCUUUUCAAAUAUUUUUUUUAUUGAAUUUCAAGAGAAAGGGUAUAAAAAAGAAAAAGUGAAAAUGGGUGGUGGUGGGGGAGGAAUUAAAAUGAUCUCUCCAUCUAAAAUCAUAUACACAUAUAGGGGAAAAACCCCUGUAUAGUUAAUUUUAAGGUUGGAAAUAGCUCCGUAGGUCAAAAACUCAUACAGCAUUGCUCUCAAAGUGGGCAUUAGAAAACAAUAGAUCGUCAGCAUAGACUAUCACUUUUUCAGACACCUCUCCAACCUUUAGUCCCUCCACUCCCUCCUCAUCUCUAAUUCGACAAAUGAAUGGCUCUACGGACAUGGUAUACAGAAGUGGGAACAGCGGACACCCCUGUUCAGUACCAUUUGGGAUCUCAAAGGGAUCAGAUAAUGCCCUGUUUAUAUGGAGUCUCACCAAAGGAUGUGUAUAUAAGGCUCAUAUCUAAGUCAAAAACUUGGAACCCAAGCCGAACUCCCUUAAAGUGGCAACAUGAAGUCCCAGUUCACGCAAUUGAAAGCCUUCUCAGCUUCCAUGGAAGUAGGACUCCCUCUUUUUUUACCCAGUGGAUCAGGUUCAAGACUUUAAUGUUGUUCAUGACUUCCCUUCCAGGGAUAAAUUCUGUCUGAUUUAGUGUAGCAGAGUUGGUAAGGAUUGUGAAAUACAUUGCACUAGAACCUUCGAUAGAAGCUUUAGGUCAUUUAGUACUGAAAUUGGAUGGUAACUGGCGCAAUCUGUGGAGUCCUUCCCCUCUUUUGGCAAAAAAGUGAUAAUAGCUGAAUUAAAGUGUAGCGAUGGCACAAUUAAUAGCCUCAAGCAGUAAAGGGCUCAAUUCCAAAUAUAAUGUAUUGUAAUACAGUAACAGGAACCCAUCCAGUCCUGGGGUUUUAGAAGAUUUCAAAUCAAAACUCAAUUCCUCUAGCUUGAUUGGUUCUUCCAGUGCCUCUACCUCUAUUGGUUGGAUACUCUGUAAAGUUACAGAACUCAGGUAUUCUGAGACAGUGAUGUCUAGAUAACUCUGUCUUUCAUUGUUAAUUGACCUCUUUAGAAGGAACUGUGUGUAAAUUAUAUCCAUACAUGAUUAAGGCCUUUAGGCCGAAACAUUCUAACUUUUUUUGUACUUUUUGAUCUCCAAUAAAUAUAGUUUUUUGCCUUCACCCUACGUUGUGACGCCUGUGGAUCUCUUUUUCUUUUUGUUCCUGGUGGGCUGCGUACCCCCUCCACAGAGUUCCCACGUAAACUUACUUGUGUGCAGCACUCCUUUGGCUUUAUAUGUGUAAAUUGCAUUAUCUCCUGAUCGUUUGUGAUGUUUCUCUAUGUCCGCAAUUUCCAGGUUUAUGUCUACAAUUUGUUGUGUAUGUUGUUUCUUUCACCAGGAACACAGUACGGUGAAAUAUCCAUGUAAUACUGAUUUGCGUGCUUCCCAUAAGGAAGGCUUAAAGGCUUUUGAUCUACGAUUAUGUGUCACAUAGUUCUGUAUGGCUUUCCGUAUAUCAUCAACUAUCGAAGAUUCGAAAAUAAUGGAAUCAUUCAAGCUCCAUGUGUACUGGCAAGGUCUAAAGAAUGGUGACUCAAUUCUCAUACAAUGGGGGCUGUCAUCUAGAAAGCAGAACGUGCCUCUAGUGGCUGUCUGGUCGGUAACUGGAACAUGUUUAGAAAGCAAGAUGGCCACCCCAAUAGCUUUUUUAGUCGGACUAUCACCGUAAAAGUCAACAGGGUAAUUUCGGUCCCAUAUGACAGGAGCGAUCUCCCCUCUGAAGUGCACCAUAAACCUGUGUACCUUAAGAUCCCUUAGUAAACUGGAGCAUUUUUCAAGGACAUUCAGGUCCCAGGCCUUAACCAAAACCAGAAUGAGGUCCGAGGGGACUGGCAGGGUCUGCAUGGGCUCCUACCUUAAUAUGUUGAGGGAGAGAAUAAAAAGAAAAAAAGGGGGAGGGGUGAAGGGAGAGAAGAGGGAUUGGAAAAGAAGGGAACAAUGAGUAGGUAAGAUAAAAAAGCAGAAGAGAAAUUAAAGAAUGGAGAGUUGUGAAUAACUGGAGAACUGAAGUAUGCAGACCUGGUCCGGAAUAUGAUGGCUCCAGCCCCAGGGAAAACCAGUUUUGCUACUAAUCCAUAUCCAGAGCAAUAUCCCUAGCUCACAUGGGACCAAAUAUCCUCUUGGGGGAUAUUAAUGGCAAGGCAGACUGAAAGGACACUAUUUGAAAUGCAUUAAUAUUGUGAUAGACCGCCUGGCACCCCGACCGGGUACCUCCGUCAAUCGCUGCUCCCUAGUACUUGCGAGCACCAUUAGCACCGCACUGGAACACCAUAAUCAUCGUAAACCCCACAAACCGCCGCAGCUUGGUUGGAGUCUCGCUGUCCUCCACCCACCCUGGACCCAUGACCAGCAUCCAGCUUCCAGUGGGUAGACCUCUCCUAGUCCAGAGAGCGGAGCAGGCUGCUCUUACAAGAGCAAUUAUUGUGAUCCAAGGGAGUAUGGUAAGUAUAGCAAUCCCCAGAGUGAAUAUAGCUCUCCAAUCCCCCAAACAUGAGCCUAGACUUCAUGAAGUCAGCAUUGAAAGUCAGGUUUCAGUGUUUGCAGAUGACACAAAACUCUGUAAAAUAAUACAAUGUGAGCAAGAUAUUACUUUGCUGCAGAGGGAUUUAGAUAGACUGGGGGACUGGGCACUCAAAUGGAAGAUGACAUUUAAUGUUGAAAAAUGCAAAGUUAUGCACUUCGGCAUAAAGAAUACACAAGCAACGUAUACCCUUAAUGGAAGCGAAUUAGGGAUAACAACACACGAAAAGGACUUGGGAAUUGUUAUAGACAACAAACUAUGCAACAUUAUGCAAUGUCAAUCAGCAGUGGCCAAGGCCAGUAAGGUAUUGUCAUGCAUGAAAAAGGGCAUUCAUUCUCGGGAUGAGAAUAUAAUUUUGCCUCUUUAUAAAUCACUGGUAAGACCACAUAUUAAAUAUGCUGUGCAAUUUUGGGCACCUGUUCUAAAGAAGGAUAUUGUGGCACUAAAAAAAGUGCAGAGGCAGGCUACAAAAUUAAUAAAAGGAAUGGAACAUAUCAGCUAUGAAGAAAGGUUAACAAAUUUAAACCUAUUUAGUUUAGAAAAACGUCGCCGGAGAGGGGAUAUGAUAACAUUAUACAAAUAUAUUCGGGGCCAAUACAAACCAUUGUGUGGAAAUCUAUUCACAAACCGGACUUUACAUAGGACACGAGGCCAUGCGUUUAGACUGGAAGAAAGAAGAUUUCGUCUAAGGCAAAGGAAAGGUUUUUUUUUACUGUAAGAACAAUCAGGAUGUGGAAUUCUCUGCCUGAAGAAGUGGUUUUAUCAGAGUCCAUACAGAUGUUCAAACAGCUACUAGAUGCAUACUUGCAAAAACAGAAUAUUCAAGGAUAUAAUCUUUCAAUGUAGGGUAAUAACUGCUUGAUCCAAGGAUAAAUCUGACUGCCAUUCUGGGGUCAAGAAGGAAUUUUUUUCCUAGCUUGUUGCAAAAUUGUGCUGCAAACUGGGGUUUUUGCCUUCUUUUGGAUCAACAGCAAAAAACAAAUGUGAGGAAGGCUGAACUUGAUGGACGCAAGUCUCUUUUCAGCUAUGUAACUAUGUAACUAUGAAGGGUAAAACGAAUCACAGUUUAAUGGUAGCCACAACUGGCCUUUUAUGACAGUCCCCAUGCAAGGGGCACUCCCCCUGGACCGGAGAGUAAACCACAGUGGAAAUAAAUACACAAUCACAUUGGCUCUCAGGUCCAGGACACUCCCAUACAGAAUCAGAUAAUCCCUUCUCUGUGCCUGGGAGAUAAUUGGAUCAGGAACUGUACUAAUCUAAUCUAAUUAUCUACAAGCAUAGAAAAAAAAACCAUACAUUUUUACAAACCCCCCAAAAUACCUUAAAACACACAAACCCCCCACAAACAUCCCCUGAUAGCCCUGAUUUGGGUUACCAACAUAUCCAAAAAUCACCCAGAUCAGUUUACGGGUUCAGGAAUUUCCUGGAAGUCUUAUUUUUGAUUGACUGUGCACAUGGUCCUAUGCUCAAAACAGUUCCAGGGAAUCAGGGCUAACGGUUGGUCUCUUUGUCUGGAGUACAGAAGUACAUAACUCACAUGAACAGAGCCUUUUAAAGUGCAUUGGGCAAGGUAUAUUGCAGGGUCCAUAGUCCUGAGGCAAGAGGCUGGCCAGCAGGCUCCUCCAAGAACCCGUGACGAGGUUCAGUUUGUCACAAAUAUAUAAUACAAACUCACACACAAUGUAACUAAAGAUUUCUUGUGACAGUAAAAAGAAAUCCUUCCCAAGGAAGUAUGUAAUUGCCCUUAUCAUGUUGUCUGAGCAUAAAACCUACCGCGCCUCACCUCCCCCCCCCCACCUAAAUUACCAGCAUAGCAGGCCCUAGUUGGGGAAAAACACAAGAACAUCACAAUGAAUGACUCGUAAUCAAUAUUACAUGGCAGACAUAAAAUUAUGUGUACAGUAGAAGGUCAAUCCAAAUAUCCAAUCAAAAAGAACCACCAAGGAACAAAUGUAAGAACAAAUGAAAGGGAAGACUCACAGAGGAGGCAACCAGUGUACAUCAGCUGGCCCCAGGUCAAGGCCAACAAAAAGCCACCAACAAGUGACGGAGACGCCAACUCUGGUAAUGCUGAUCCGAUGGAACAAACCACCUGGAAAAGGACCUGUGAUGAAAAAAAACAACAACAAUAUAAUUCACUGCAUUUUUACUUGUGAUUACUAUGAAAGAGGCUUUGAAAAUAAAGAUUAAAAAAAUAAUAAUAACAAACUAAAAUAUAUAUAUAUAUUUAUAUUUCUGAUUAAUAUGAAUACGAUUUUAUUCUAUAAAAGAAUCUAAUAGCAGCUAAGACAAGCUGCUUUGAUUUAUUGAUUUUAGCUCCAUCUAUACAUUAGUAUUCACAUUGCUUAGUUGACCAACACCCUAAAUACAAGGUAAUAAUGAAUCCAAUGUAAAUCACUGCCAAGGAAAACAAAUCAAUAUCUUCACAUGAAACUGAAACUAAUCUAAAGACUGAAUCGGGCCCUUCUUUAGCGGUAAGAAUUGCUUUACUUCUUGGGGUUUUGUAUAAGCAAAUGUGUGCAGUGUGUUUAUGUUAGAAUAAUUAAAUAAUUAUUCUAUAAGCUUCUGCUUAGGUUAGAGAAAAUGUACUGAAAAAGGGAUAUAUUUUCUUCCAGGUUCAUCUUAUGAAGCCAGAAAGUGUACCCAAGGCUUGCUGUGCCCCCACCAAGCUGAGCGCAACUUCAGUCCUGUAUUACGACAACAACAACAAUGUGAUAUUAAAAAAGCAUCGCAACAUGGUGGUCAAGUCCUGCGGAUGCCAUUGACACGAACUAAAAGAAUGUGGAAGAUAUGAAUGCAGUUUAUAUAACAAAGAUUUCAAGAGCCAUUAUUAUAAGUAUUCUAACAAAACAGGCUGAAGAAUUGUUAUAUUAUUUGAUAUGGAAAUUUUAAUGGUAUAAACUGUUCU